GGGUUGUAUUUGGCGCUUAGGGGUGGUGUGGAAGCCGAAGGCAAGUAGUGGAGGAAAGAGUGGGCGGAUCAAGGACACAUCUGGCAAUGACCACAGAGCCCCGACGAAUAUCUGUUUACGCGCCCGAACGGGGCCGGCAGAUUCACAGUACCGCCGAGAGUCAAUGCGCCCGCUGAACCCACGGAGAAGAGACGCCGGAUCGUCUGCCGCGAUGGACGGGGAACCGACCACGCAGAAGUGGCAGAUUCGCCUCGGCAUCUGUCUGCUGAUCGCCGUUAUGGCCCUGCCGCUCCGAGCCAGCUCCUCCGAGUCGUACAUGGCUAAGCUCUUCAAGCACGUCGAUGCCACGCAAGAGCAGUACGUGCAGGAGCUGCGCGAGUGGGUGGCGGUGCAGAGCGUGUCGGCGUUCGCAGAGCGUCGACACGACAUGAUCCGCAUGGCGGAGAUGGCGGCCGAGCGAGUGCGGUCCCUCGGAGGGGUCGCUGAGCUGGCGGGGGUCGGCAACCUCACGACACCGGACGGGGAGGUGGUGCAGCUGCCGCCCGUUGUGCUCGGCACCUUCGGAGACGACCCCGCCAAGCCGACGGUGAUGGCGUACGGGCACCUCGACGUGCAGCCGGCGCGCAAGGACGACGGCUGGGACAGCGACCCCUACGUGCUCACCGAGAAGGACGGUAAACUCUAUGGACGUGGGGUGUCUGACAACAAGGCGCCGGUCCUCGCUUGGCUCAACAGCAUCGAGGCGUUCCGUAGCAUCGGGCAGCCGCUGCCCGUGAACCUGCGCCUGGUGUUUGAGAGCCUAGAGGAGGUGGGCUCCAUGGGGCUGGCGGAGCUGCUGGCGCGGCGCCGCCACACUUUCCUGCGCGACGUGGAGCACAUGUGCGUGUCCGAUAGUGAGUGGCUGAGCGUCGGGGUGCCCGCGCUCUCCUACGGCCUCCGCGGGAACUGCUACUUCUUCGCGGAGGUGACGGGGACUAACAAGGACCUGCACUCGGGGACGUACGGAGGCUCGGUCCACGAGGCCCUGGGGGAUCUCGUCGCUUUAAUGAGCAGCCUCGAGAGCGGCGCUGGGAACAUUGCGGUGCCGGGGCUGUACGACUCGGUGGCGCCGCUCACGAGGGAAGAGGAGGAGAUCUACGAGAAAAUCCACUUUGACCCCGAGGAAUUUCGCAAGGAGAUUGAGGCACCAGCCUUGCUCUACCCCACCAAGGACAAAAUCCUGAUGCACCGCUGGCGCUACCCGGCUCUCUCGCUGCACGGGAUCGAGGGGGCAUUCGCCGACCCCGGCGUGAAGACCGUCAUUCCCCGUCGUGUGCUCGGCAAGUUCUCCAUCCGCAUCGUGCCCAACAUGGACCCAGACGUGGUGGAGGACCAGGUGCGGCGCCAUCUGGAGGCCGUUUUCGCCCGGCGCAAAAGCCCCAACAAGCUGCGGGUGUGGGCCGAGGUUAAGGCCAAGCCCUGGGUGGCCAACGUCACCGACCCACUCUACACGGCUGGCCGCAGGGCCUUUCAAGCAGUGCACGGGCGUGAACCCGACCUGAUCCGCGAGGGUGCCACCAUCCCGAUCGUGGCAGACCUGGAGAGGGUGGUCGGCAAGGGAAUCGUACUGCUGCCCAUUGGCGGCGCAGACGACGCCCCGCACUCGCAGAAUGAGAAGGUCGACAGGAUACACUUCAUCAAUGGGAUCAAAGUGUUUGCCGCUUUCCUGCAUGAGGUGGGACAGCUUCCGCGGGAGCCAGCUGCAAAGGAUGUUGGGAAUUCGGAUGUGCCGCCCGCUCAGUGAUGCACAGGGCAGUGAACUACGAAACCUAAAAACGAGAUCAGGCGAGCCUUCUCAAGGAUAGGGAGGAUAAUUUGCAAUUUUUAGCAGGUGAUUUCUGCUGUCGUAUCUGUUUGACAAACAACAAUUCGGUAACGCUUCCAAAUGCCGUGCGGAAGCUGGAAAUGGAACCACUUGAUUUUGGGAAGAAUGAUCAGUAUCUAUGUAUGUUAAACUUCUUUCACACCGUACGUGGCGGUAAAGUAGCUUUGGCGUUAAUUCCAAAAUAUAUUGGCACAUUUUGAUGAAAAAAACAAAUACUACCAAUUAUGUCAGCUCUCGAAUAUCCUGGGUAAUGGUGGAGACGGUUAACCCAGAUAAAACAAAAGGAUACAUGAUAAAAAUAAAUAAAAGUGUAUUCGGCUUUUUUAUGCGUGUGCAUCGAUUCCCCACGUGGAAUGGGAGCGAAAACUUAGAACGAGGAUUUUAUUUUGUAUGGUGGUGCAGAAAGCAGUUUCCGUACCACAAACAUGUUCUUGAAUUGUUAAAAUCACACUUGUAUGUUUCCUCACGGAAUUCCUGAGGCAGGGCCGGGUUUAGGCCUUAGCUAAGUAAGCCACGGCUUAGGGCCUCGAGUUACGUGGGGCCUCUAAAUACGGAAAACACAAAAAACAAAAAAUAAUUCAAAGUUUCAAUUUUAAUAUAAUCGGUUGAAAAAUAAAGGAGAUGGGGGGGGGGAAUGCUUUCUAAAACAGUAAUAUUUAUUCCAAUAUGAAAAAAAUUUAGAGGCAUUCCUUGAUGGGGUUCUCUUAAGUUUUGCGGAAGUUUAGGGCCCCAGUAAUGCGACCAUCCGGCCCUGGUCUGAGGUCACGUGGGCCCCGAGCCACUGACCCUCAACGAGUUAUGAGCAGCUAAUGAUUGUGCCGGCAUCUGCAUAAAUACAUUUUAUUUGUUUUUUUUAUAAGCACGGUUAAUCAGAAACACGGGUAACAUGCCCACGGACAAUCGAGAGAUGACUAUGUUUUAUUGCCAACGUGAUUUCGGGCCCCUAACGUCAUGACCAUGGUGUGAAGACUUUCUUGCUGACGUCGAUAAAGUGAUGGGCUGUCGGUGACAAAACGAGUGCCCCCGUUUUUAGUUUACAACCAUGCCAUUCAUUUCGACGAAAUUCUGUACAAUUACACAACUAAUAACCGCACGCUGAUAUUUGCAGGGUUGUGUAUAUAAUUGCACGCUGCAUGUGCUGCGAUGAACCUACCAAAGCUUGGAUUACGUUCAAACGAGAAACGUGCGAGAGUACAGCCUCCUGUGUCAAUCCACUGCUGGAUGAGGGCAUCUCUACAUCGUGGGGGGCCAUGGGUGUUGCUUGACUCUACUUGACCCCUACACCGGUCAACGUGGGUUAGUGAAGUGAGGAAAGCCCAGCACUUGUUCAGAUACUACUCACCGCUGAUAUUAACCAUGGCCGGGAAUGGAAUUUGGGUCAUCAGGCUUUCGUUCAGUGCGCUAUUCACUUUACCACCACUCCCUUCGAGAUAAUAUAAUCUAUUGCACUAUUAAAAAUAGAAAAUUCAGAUUCAUAGAGGUUGGAAAUCUCAUCGAAGGUUUCCAUUAAACGAUCUGUCUCGUGCAGCAUCAUAGUAUCGUGGGGUUUAAAAUGCCUUUAGCCCGAGGUUACCAAGUGGAUCGGAGGUUAAAGCACUGAGCUGGCAAAGCUGGGAGCCUGGGUUUGAAUCCAGGCAGCUGGCUGUUGUGGCUUAGCUCUCCAACACACCGGUGUGCUGUACUCGUGACGAAUUGGCACAUUCUGUUUAGGUGACAACCCUUACUAGUUGGCUGUGUCCGGUGGCGGCGGGUUUUAAUGAUACAUUUAUAUAUUUAGAUGAGCUAACCCAAAAACCUAUAUUAUGGACCUACAGGCUAUCUGCCCAUGGAUCGUGAUGAUGAUGAUGUGCCGUAUAUGCCAUGACGAUGCUGUUUGGUUGGGACUCGCUGAAACAAGAAGAUGGAUUGAUUCGAGCCAUGUUAAUUUGUAUGUGCUGUGGACAUUAAAGCCAUUAGAAAAAUAAACUAUGAGCAAAUGCA